AUGGGCACAACAUCUUUGCCCGCCAGCAGCGAGGAGCUGGAGGAUGAGGAAGAGGAAUCGCCAUUGCAUUCUACCUACUAUCAAGGCGGCAUGGGACUCUAUAAUCAGCAGCGUGGCGGAGCAGCAGCAGCAGCAGCAGGAGGAGCAGGUGGUGGCAUCUCACUACUUAAUGGCGCCGCUGGCUCUAGCAUUGGCAGUGGCAGUGGCAUCCACCAUGGAGCAGCUGGUGGCAGCGGUUCACAGAGUUACGCUCAUGUUGUCAAUGGCAGUGUGAAUCUUUUGCUUGGCGGGUCGAUGCUGUGUCUAGUGACAACAAUUUUGUGUGUAGUUUGCUAUUGUUGUCAUCGCAAUAUCAAAAAACGUACUGAGGCUGCCUACAGACAGCAACAACAUCAAUGGCUGGAAAACGAUCCCAACAUGGAAAUUUAUAGCGUAGAACAGUGCUAUGAGACAUCUGGCCUAUUUCUGGGCGACUCAACGGACGGAUUGUCCGCUCUGCCGGCGCUGCAUCAUGAGCCGCCGCCUUCAUACGAUGCUGUUGUGUUGCAUGAACAGCAGUUGCUGCAGCAGCAGCAACAACAACUGGAGGAGCAGCAAUUGCAGCUGCAGCAACAGCAAUUGCUGUUGCAACGUGUCUCCCCGCCGCCUGGCUAUCGAUCCACGCUCGAUAUCAGCUGUCUGCAGCAAGUGACGUCUGCUGUGGCAAGUGCCGGUGGCAGCGUGGAUGCAAUUGCUGGCAGCAGCUGUGGCAGCAACAGUGCAGCUGUCGGCGAUGCCUUGGCGAACAAGCAAUUGCGUCGCACGCUGAAUGCCCAAUCCUGUUGCUCGCUGCAACGUGCCGAGGUGGAGAGCAUGUGGAAUGCGGCGGCAGCAGCUGUUGUGGCAAGGAAUCACAAUGGCAAUGGCCAGGAAUUGGAGAUGUAUAUGGCAUCAUCAGCAUCGCCGCCAUUGCCGUUGCAGGCAUUGCAGGCACGCAAGAAUGCACAGGCGGCAAUGAGAUUGAACAGCUUUGGUCGACGCUAUUUGCAACAGAGUCAGCAGCACAUGCAACAACACAGUCACUACAGACGCGGCUGUCCGCUGUGUGGCAAGUUUCGCUAUGCGGCCGAGGACGAAAUGUUGGCGGCAUCCGUUGAAAGCGGCCUGGAACAGUGUGAUGACAACGACAAUGUGGCAAGUGGGGCAAGUGUUGAAGAGCAGCUGCAACAACAACAGCAACUGGUCUUAACAGCUGCUUGUCCAAAUGGCAAUCAAAUUGAUGCUGAAGCUGAUGCAGCAAAUGGAAAUGUGGUGGACAUCAUCACAACUGAAGCUAUAGCUAUCGAUGCUCCCAAUGCUGACAUAGACGAAAAUGACAAUAGCAGUGAGAUGUCAACUGCCAUAUCAGGUGCGGCAGCUGUGGCAGCUGAGGCAACAACAGUCGCCACCACCCUGGAUAUUAACAACAUCAAUGAGAAUGGCAUCAUCAGUCUGGACAUGAGCAAAAUCAUUGACAUUUCGGGACUGCCCACAUAUGAGGGAGCCCUGAAACUCGAAUCCAGUGGAUAUGUCUGAUAACUCACAAUUGCAAAUGUCAAAUGUCAAACAUUUCAAAUGUAUGAUUAGUUCAAAAUAUCUACCAAAUGAUAAAUCUAUCACGAAUGUGCUUUAUUUUAUAAAAACAAAUUAAAACAAACAUUUAAACAGUUGUUGUUGAUGCAGUUUUAGGCAUUUCCCCAUUUGUUAAUUAAAUCUCAAUUGCCUGAACUACGAGGGUGGGCUGAUAAGUCAUUGGCCUAGCUUCGCAAAUGCUUCUUAUUUUAAUGAAUACUUUAUUCUCUAUGUUCUUUAUGCUUAAGAAUGUUCAAGGACCUCAAAAUAGGAGUUUUUCAUUAAAAACUCUU